AUGUUUAAGAGACUUGAUUGGCCGUUGAUUUCUGCUUUUGUUGAGAGGUGGCAGCCAGAUACGAACACCUUUCACAUGCCAUUUGGGGAGAUUACGAUCUUGUUGCACGACGUGUACAACAUACUUGGGUUACGGGUCGAAGGCAAUAUGGUCACCACUACUCCUAGCAUGGACGUGUUACGGGACGCGUGCUCGAUCACCAUGGAUAUGACUCCAGAUGAUCUGUCUGAGAUUUGCGGCACAAAGACCAUUUGGCAGGGUAGUGGGGUGUUGACUGAUAAGAUUUUUGAGUCGACAUUGGCGGUUGACCGGGAUUUUAGUGACCAGCUUGAUGGAUACUUGUGGUUAGUGCUUAGAGGUACACUGUUUGUAGACAAGAGUGGUAACCGUACGCAUCCUUCCUUCCUCCACGAGCUAUGUUACAUGGAUGUCCCUAUUAACGAGUAUGCUUGGGGAACAGCUGCACUGGCCUACUUGUAUCGGCAAUUGGGCACGGCAUCACGGAAAGGUGCUGAUUCGAUUGCUGGUUGUCUCAUGCUUCUGCAAACGUGGAUUUAUGAGUACUUUCUGUGCUUUCGGCCACAGAAGGGUACCUUGACGUGGAACCUUUAA